GUGGGCCAAUAUGUGGGGCCCCUUUCAGAAAUGCUCCCCUUCUCUAACUCUUUCCUCACUCUUCCCCAACUUGGAAAAGCAUUUGCUAGUCUGCAUGGUGGUGCUUGAGAGAGAAUUGAAAGGAAAAUGGUUCCCAUAAUCAUAUAUUCUUCCAAUCUGUUCUAUCCUACCCCUAGACCAAAGCUUUUGAACUUAAAAACCAAGAAUUUGAAAACUUUGGUGUUUGGUCCCCCCAUGAGAAUUUCCCUAAAAUAAAGGUGCCUCAUUCUAGCUCCCCCAGUGAGGAAGGAAUACAGAAUAAGAAAUGAAUUGACCCCACAUCCCUAUAAAUAUGCCACAUGCUCACCAGACCCCACUGCUCUUGUCUCUUAAAAUUAAAGAAAAAUGGAAAUGAACAUCAACAGAAGAUGGUACCUGAACAGUGGAAAUUAACAAUUAUGUGCAAGAAAUUUGGAGAGAUAUUAUUUGCUACAAACUUGCAUAAGUUGGGACAAAAUAAACAAAAAAAUGAGUUUGGCUCUUUUAAAUAUGUGAAAGCUGCUGACAAAUAUACUACUCUCCUCUAUUAGCAGAAGUAACAGAAAUUAGUGACUCUCUUACCAAAGAUGCAGAACUUGUCAACGAAUCUUCUUGUUUCCCGUUUCUGCCUAUUACAAAUAAAGCUACUAUGUACAUUCUUGUACAAGUCUAUGUGUUGACCAGGACUUUUCAUUUCUCUAAACAAUGCUUUCUUAAUUUUGCAAUAUAUUGCUUUGUCUGGUGCUAUUUCUAUACAAAUAUGAUUUAAUAAGACAAUUUUAUAAUAAAAAUAAAUCUCUGACUACUUGAAAUAAAUUAAUUUGUGGGUGGAGAAAUCUAUUUUUAUCAUCCCUCCAUUUAUAUUAUAAAACUUAUAAUAAGGCAAGCACACUGGCACGAGGCCUCAGGGUCAAGAAGACACUAGGAAUCGGUGGAUACUAUAACAAAUUGAAAAGUGCAUACUUACCUUGUUUUAAAUGGGCAGCCACUAUUCCACUUCAACCAAUUCACCAUGCAGAUACAAUAUUGCCAAGUCUACUAAUUUUCCAAGAGAAGACAAAUUUUUUUUUGUGCAUCUAUGCAAUCUCCUAAAUUUAAAUGUUGGGCAAUAAAAAAAAUUAAGCACUAGUGGACUAAUGCUGUCCAAUAUUAGACAUUACAAGAUAAAAUACAACUGCAGGCCAGAUUUGGCCUAAGACAUUGGUUUCUAGCUAAGGCUUUGGUUCUCAAUCCUGGCUAUGAGCAAUACGACCUUUCAGCUUUUUAAAAAUACAGCAUACCUGGUUUAUCUCAGAUUCUCCUUUACUAGAUCAGCAAUGAGUCCUGGGCAUCUAUCUCAGAUUCUGAUUCACUGGGUGAAGAAUGAGUCCUGGGCAUCUAUAUAUUUUUUUAAAGUGCCAGAGCUCAUUCUGUUUCACAGCCAGGGUUAAGAAGUAGGAAAUUAAAUUUCAAAUCACAGUGUUUGGCCACAUUUUCCAACUUCAACAUCGUGUUUGAAACACUCUGAAGCCUUCCCAGACUAACUCUACCUGAUUCUGAGCUCAAAUAGUGAUGGGGAUAUCAGUAAAUUAUAAUUGGUGAUAAAGACAGAAACAAUGAAAAUGUGACUGUCGAGUCUUUCCUGUCUCUAAUUCCCCCAAAUGGCAUCCAAUUUUGGCUUUUCUGUGUACUAUUUGAGGACAUUAUAAUAUCUGUCCUUGGUGGAAGAAACUGAUUCUAAGUAAAAGACAUUCAUGUAUGAGCUGAUAGGAAUUUCUUAUUCACAAACACACCAACCGAAGGAAUGAAAACUCUCCCAAAAUAAGGGAGAUAAUAAAGGAAGGAGGAGAAGGCAGAUCAAAGAAGCUGUAUGCAUUUUUACAGAUAAUUUAGCAGAUAACAGGUCUUGUGAGACUGUGAGGAAGGUAAGAUCCCUAGCCUGGGAUUCUUGCUCUGUCAGGUGAAUAUGGACUUAAAGUAAAUAUGGUAAGAAGGUGCUGGGAUAGGAGGCUGUCUCACAUUUUUUCCAAUGGACUCGUGAAGGCCCAAGACAAAUGAGUAUGAAAAAUGGAGACAGCCAGUAACCAGAUCCUCUCAUCAUUUGCAUUUCAAGCCUCUAACUUGUAGUCAUGUGACAAGCAAAUGAAGACAAAUUGGAAAUAACCAUUAACUGGGGGUGAGGGGGGGAAUUAUAAUAACAUUGAGUGAGGGUCAGAAGAUUGCAGAGCAUAUACUAACAUUUCUUGGCGUGGACACCUGAAAGUCAGGACCAAAGAGAAUGGCGACAGUGAACACAGAUGCCAUGGAUAAAGACACGUCCAGGUUUAAAAUCAUCUUUACCUUGCUGGUCUCCGGAAUAGAGUGCACCAUUGGCAUCGUUGGGAAUGGCUUCAUCACAGCUAUCUAUGGGGCGGAGUGGGCCAGAGGCAAAAGACUACCCAUUGGUGACCGCAUCCUUUUGAUGCUGAGCUUUUCCAGGUUCUUGCUACAGAUCUGGAUGAUGCUGGAGAAUACUUACAGUCUACUAUUGCGGGUCAUUUAUACCCAAAACGCAGUGUAUAAACUUUUCAAAGUCAUCAUCAUGUUUCUGAACUAUUCCAACCUCUGGCUUGCUGCCUGGCUCAAUGUCUUCUAUUGUCUUAGAAUUGCAAGCUUUAUUCAUCCUUUGUUCUCCGUGAUGAAGAGGAAAAUCAUGGUGCUGAUGCCUUGGCUUCUGAGGCUGUCACUCCUCAUCUCUUUAUGCUUCAGCUUUCCCUUCUUUAAAGAUAUCUUCACUGUGUAUGUGAAUAGUUCCAUUCCUAUCCCCUUCUCCAACUCCACUGAGAAGAAAUACUUCACUGAGACCAAUGUCUUCAAUCUGAUUCUUCUUUAUUAUCUGGGGAUCCUCAUUCCUCUGAUCAUGUUCAUCCUUGCAGCCACCCUGCUGAUCAUCUCUCUCAAGAGACACACCCUACACAUGGAAAGCAAUGCCACUGGCUUCAGGGACCCCAGCAUGGAAGCUCACAUGGGGGCCAUCAAAGCUAUCAGCUACUUUCUCAUUCUCUACACUUUCAAUGCAGUUGCUCUAUUUCUUUCUAUGUCCAACAUCUUUAAUGCUGAUAGUUCCUGGAAUAUUUUGUGCAAAAUCAUCAUGGCUGCCUACCCAGCUGGCCACUCAGUGCUACUGAUCUUGGGAAAUCCUGGCCUGAGAAGAGCCUGGAAGAGGUUUCAGAACCGAGUUCAUCUUUACCUAUAAGGGCAGACUCUAUAACUGGAACCCACAGAGUACUACAGGUCCAGCCAGCUCUGCCUUUUCCUCCCUAGACUUCUCUCCUCACCCAUCUUUUCUCCCCUAAUCUUGCUCUGACACUUCUCCUCAGGUAACUGGAUCCUUUCAUGAAUGUGAAGCUGAAUUUUUAACUUGAGAUCUUAGGCAGAAGUAGCUAAGCAACUCUAAGACAGAUUGAUGAAAGCUCCUUGAUCUAUGCUCAUUCAUAUCCUACCCUGAGCUCCUCUCCACUUUGUCCUCCCCGGAGCCUAAAGGAGAGGGUGACUGGACAUCUCCGUUUGCCUAGGAUGAUCUCUGUUUGUUCCUAUUGUCACUGAGCAACCUUUAAUUCUCAAGGAUAUCUUGGUCUGGAUGAAAAAUUAUAUGGUCACUUUGUUUUUUCUUUUGGCUUUUAGGUAAUAUGACAAGUUUUUAAAUUAUUUUAUUUAUUUUUUAAUUGAAGAAUAGUUGACAUACAAUAUCCUUAUUAGCUUCAGGUGUACAUCAUAGUGAUUUGAUACUCGAUAUUUAUACACACCCUUCUUAAGGCACCCUACUAUCCCACAGUUAAGAAAAAAGAGGGCUAGUGAUGAAUCCUACAGAGAAAAGGGAUUCAGGACAGAAAGGCUUACCAAAAUUACCAAGUGUUGCAGAGGUUUCAGGAAAAUGAAAAGUGAAGAAAAAGGCUAUGGGCUUGACUAAAUGGAGGCCACGUGCCCUAUUAGUGGAGUGAUGGGGUGGCAUUCAGAUUACAGGAGUUUCCAGGGAAGGUAAUGAAGACAGUGAGGGAGUUUGUAAAGGCCAAUAAUUUCGGGAGGUUGUUUGGAGAUAAAGAUGAAAUACAGGGUGGCAGGUGGAUAAGCGGAUGGUCGAUUGAUGCUUUAUUUUUCCAAAUGAGAGUGGAGAAAGUGAGAAGAGAGGAAGGGAAGAAUGAAGGAAAAAAAGUGACCUGUGCCAGAAGCAGAAAGGAUAGAAAGAGGCCAGAGUAAAGGAUCAUCUAUUUUGUUUUUCUCCUGACUCUGUGACAAUGCAAGUGGCACCUGUGCCUCUGGCUAUACCCGUUUUGGGUCACCUCAAGGGCAGCCUACUUUGGAGUGGCUCUGAGAAGAAGGAAACAUUGUCACUUCAUUGUCACUCUUCAGAAUGAUACUGUCAGCACUGCCUCAAAGGGCUGUUCACCAAAUAGGAGACCCCACCCCCCAGAUACCUUGGAACUGGAAAGUUAGGAAUUUGAGGUUUCCUUGUAUUUGGUAUUUUUAAAAUCAAAAUUACUGAGGAAAAUAUGAAAAGAAUGAUACUGAUCACACCAAGCUUAAGGAGCUCCCAAACGAAAAUGUAAGAUCAGCAGCACAGACUAAACUCUGAGCUCCUAGCUCUUGAGCACAUAUUUCAGAGAGAGUCCCUUACAUCCAUAAACUGCGAAAAAUCACACACAUGUGCACACACACUCACCCACAGACAUCCCUUUAUAGUUCAGACAGCUUGGGGCUUAUUUAACCAGAAAGGAAAAUGUUUAUGAAAACACCCUACUUUGAUAGUUUUCCUAAAAGAUAUUUAUUCAUAUGAAUAUUUAAGGUUGAUAUAGUUGUUAAAGUAAGAUAAAUUAGAUUUUGAGGUUUCAUUCUAAUUCCUAAAGAAUAGAGAAACACUUUUUUUUCCAAAUAAUAUAUGCAAACACACCCACUGAGCGUACUCUAAUACGUCACAAAUAAAAACAGACAAUUGAUUUAAAGUCAUCAUUUCAUUAAUGUGAACCAUGCCAAGAUAACUGGAUAAACCCUCUCUGUGCUUAUUACAAAGAAAUAUUAUCUCAUUGUUUGCAAGAGCCGAAGACAGCAGAAAGCUAACAAGGAUGAGGACACGCUUAUCAAUAAUGUACACUGCCCUACCUUCAACCAGACAAAGUUCUCUCCAGCUCUCCCUUCCUCCUUCCCGCUCUCCCUUCCUUCCUUUUUCUUUCUUGCUUUGAAACCCACCUAAACUUCCAGAAUGGGCCAGAAUACCUUGUCUUCAAACUGGUUGUCUCGAGACAGAAAUCAGAAGUCCUAAAGAAUCCAUUUUGCAAACUCUAUGUGACACCCCUGUCCCUGAGAGAGACUGAAAGUUAUGGUGUGAAGGAUUCCUUUACCUACAAAGUCACACUGGACACUCACCCUCUAUGUGGAGCAGCUAAGGUGAUUUUGGUUGCCAAGGGACUCCAGUCUGGAAGGCCCAGUUCAGGGCAGGUGUCUCAAAACUGGUCAAGUCCUUACAAAGGAAUACUAGACUAGCAGCCAGGGCCAAUCUAAGGGCUGGGAUUUGAGGGGAACCAGAUUAUCCCACAGUCCAGCAUAAUCUUCCCUUCCAACUACCUCCUUGUCUGCUAUAUUCAGCCGUGGUCCCUGUUUUGCUUUGAGCUUGGUCUGUAAGAAUUUUCUUUUAUUAUUCUCUCAGGAGUUCUUUACUUUGGGCUCCUAGGACAGAAACAGCUAUUGAAUGAGGGAAAAGAAACUACAAGUUCAAUCAACCAGCAAGGAGUUUUGAGUUGGGGGAGGGGAGCAGAAACCAAGCACAGACAUCAGAAGCAAUCAUGGCAGGAAGGGAAGGAAGAGACAUCGAGUGAGAGGGAGCCCUCCCAUCCCACUGCUGUUUCCUACUUCCCUCUGGAGAGAAAUGGGAUCCUUAGAGGAGAGGUGGGAGGAAUGGAAA